AUGGUGAACGAAGCGCUCCGUCCUCCCACGGCGGCCGAUGACGCCGUCGGCUCGUGGAGGGACGCCAAGCGCCGCCGGACAGGGGAUUCCGGCGAGGAAGACGACUACGCCGCCGCCUCUUGCCUAGUUCUCCUCGCCGACGACGCCCCCACGACCACCGGACGCGACGCCGCCGGGAAGGACUUCCCGUACGCGUGCGGCCACUGCGGCAAGACUUUCCGAUCGUUCCAGGCCCUCGGCGGGCACAAGACCGGCCACCGGAGCAAACCCGUCUCGGAGGCGCGAGAUUCCUCCGCCGCCGCGGUCUCAGCCUCCGGCAGAGUUCACAGGUGCGUUUUUUGCCAGAGGGUUUUCCCGACCGGUCAGGCGUUGGGCGGCCACAUGCGCAAGCAUUACGACGGGGUGAUCAGAAAAACUGGCCGCGCCGGCGGCAAACGCGGGGCCACUUGUGGCUCUGAAGACGGGAGCGGCGCCAGCGGCAUCACGUCCGCCGACGGCGGCGGAGAUGACGUCAUGGCUCCGGUUCGCCUGAAUAUGGACCUGAACUUUUCGCUGUUGCCGCCGCCGCCGGAGGUUGGCGCAGUGGGGUUUAUCAAGUUUCUUUGA